CUGAUAAGGAGAGGUAAGAAGAAAUGUUCUGCCCGAGAGAUUUCAGUCUUUUCAUCACAUGUGUGAUUCUCUUCAUCAUCCAGUCUGGUCAUGGUUCUGAGAUUAUUGGAGGGAAAGAAGUCAAGCCACACUCGCUGCCUUUUAUGGCUCUGCUGGAGCGUGAUGGACCAAUGUGUGGAGGAAUAUUAAUUGAUCCAACAUGGGUCCUGACUGCUGCUCACUGUCCGAAAAAAAUCUUUGUAAAGAUAUGUAUACACAAUUUAUAUCCUAUGUUAUGUUUCUUUUUAAUCUUAUUUCAGCUUAAUGAACCAGUGCAGGAAACCAAAACUGUGAAAUGUGUCCAGCUACAUAAACAUGUCAAAGACCCUGCAGCUGGCAGCAAGUGUCUGGUGGCUGGAUGGGGACUAACUAAAAAAAACCAACCAUCAGAUGUCCUUAUGUCUGUUAAAGUGACUGUGAUUGAUAGAGUGAAGUGCAACUCUCGUGACUAUUACAACCGCAACCCUGUUAUCACCAGUGACAUGAUAUGUGCUGGUUCAAAGGGUAAAAAAAAGACUGAUACCUGUGAGGGGGAUUCAGGAGGGCCACUGUUGUGCAAUGGAGUGCUAGUUGGAGUCACUUCUUUUGGACCUAAGGAGUGUGGUAACAUAAAAAAACCUGGAGUCUAUUCUUUUCUCUCAGAAAAACAACUCAAGUGGAUCAAGGACACAAUGGGUGCCCCUGAAAUGUGA